AAGAAUAUUUUAGAGUUCUGACAACACUAUUUUUAACCGUUCGGCCGGAUUCGUAAACGUAGGACAAAUUCCGAGUAGGACCAAUUCCGAUCUCCCGACACGAGAAUAACACACCGCUCGGAAAUACUCGAUUAUGUUGAGACGAGAGAGACAACAAAUCGGAAAUCAUUUACCAGAAUACGUACCGAAAAAACCUUUCGAGACACAGAAUUAUCGGGAUUGCCAGCGCUAUUAUUUUACAGGUAAUAUACUAUUUUUUUAGGUGAUCGAAUAGUCAUACCAUUCGAUAAAUCGUUAAAAAAAAAUAAUUAAAAAACAAAACUAAUUUCAAUAGCUGUCUUAUUAUUCUUUUUAAUAUGUUUCCUAUUUAAAUUGCAGUUUUCAAUUGGCGCUAAGACCGAUGCUUCUAGGUCUUGACAACCCUGAAAACCCGCUUUCUGUAAUAUCCAUCGAGUGAUUCCCUGAAACCAAAACUUCAGCUUUGCUUUUUUGCUUGGCUUGCGAUAUUAUUGCGAUUUUUACAAAUCACUAUUGAAUUGGUAUUUCUCUGGAAAUAAACUACAUUAUUAUUGUUUAGUGUUGUGUACCGUUUGUUUUUUUAAGCGUUUGUAGUGCUUUUAGUGCCAAAAUACUUUAGAGGUGUCCAUUAUAUUCAAGAUUCAAGGAUACCUCGACCGCCUAGGGUAAUAAUGGACCAUAGGAGAUAUCAGAGAUCAGGAGGAAUUUACCACGACGGGUUUUUGUACAUAACAAGAUCCACAAAGCACAACAUCAGGUAUUUAAUCUGUAGCAAGUAUCGACGAUUGGGUUGUAUUGCAUCAGGGAAAAUCCACUUAGAAGAGGGAAAUGUCUUCAUUCCUAUAAAGGUUGAACAUAAUCAUCCUAGAGACGACAACAGAGUUGAAGCAAUGGAUUUUAGAAUUCAGCUACGGGAGGCCUGUGUUCGAGAAAGAGGAACCCUUAAAAAUAUUUAUGAGCGCGUUGCCGCAAGAAACGUGAAUGGUGCUGUUGAGGUUCCAUUUAAUGUGAUUCGCCGUUCAAUGUUGAGAUGGAGCCAGGCAAUGAGGCCUAAUGUCCCGGCAACUUUAACGGAAUUGGCAGACAUAUUUCGAACAGGUGUGGUCGAAGCCAAUGGACUUACUGCGGUGGUUUUUGGCAAUGGGGAAUUUAUAGGGAACUUCAUUGACUCCCAACACACAUUCAUUGAUGGAACCUUUAAGGCAGUACCGAGAAGACCUAACUUUUGUCAAAUCUUGACCAUAUUUGCCACUUGCAUGGAUCAUGCUUUUCCAGUUGCACAUAUUUUCAUGGAGAGAAGAACGAAAAUCUUGUAUGAUGCCGCUUUUGCCUACCUGCGUGAGAACUUCCCCCAAUUUGUCAAUAUUAACAUUGUGACGGACUAUGAGGUGGCUUUGAUGGAAUCACUGAGGAACAACUUUCCCAAUGCCUCAUUGCAUGGUUGUUUUUUCCAUUAUUGUCAGGCGGUAUUACGAAAAGCCAGGACUUUAGGGAUUACACGGCAGAUCGAGGGACGACCUAAUGGAAGAGUCUUAUUGAAGAAAUACUAUUGUUUGGCGCUUCUACCUGCGGAGAUGAUUGAACCGACAUUAGUUUCCUUGCAGGUUUUUUUUUGUUGUUAUCAAUGGCAUUUUUUAUUCGUGACCAUUGUUUCUAUUAUAAGCACGAUUUGGACUUUGGCUCUGGACUUUAGAGAACUCAAUGAGUAUAUCAGGAGGCAAUGGAUAGAACGCGUUACAGCUCAGCAUUUCAGUGUAUUCAGGCAACGACAUAGGACCAACAAUGUGAUGGAAUCAUACCACAGAAGACUGAACAGUAAAUUGAGUAGACAUCCUGGCGUGUGGGAUUUGAUAGAGACGCUUAUCGAUAUCCAGAACACUGCUUCCAUCGCGCUGACUUAGCUGGAACAACACCCCAAUGUUUACAGGAUUGCAAGAAAGAAUGUGGUAUUUGAUGCUCGACUGAAUCAAGCUUGGGACAAGUUAUCGGAUGGUCGCUUCACCGCGGGAGAUUUCCUAAGGCAAGCAGUCCAUUUUGUGGAUGGCAUAGAUGGACAACUACAUCAGUGGAACCAGGAAGUACCGGCCGAAGAAGAAGAAGAAGCUGUCGUCGUUCCAGUAGACAUCUUCAUCGUUUAUUAAUUCCAGCUCCUAUUGCUCAACCACCAAGAAAUGUUCCUAUUUUACUCCAUCAGCAACGUCCUCUUCUUCUGGAACCUCCUCCGCUCAUUCCGCUUCCUCGUGCACGCAUGCCUUUACCUCCAUUAGUUCCUAUUCCCAUUUUACCACUUGUCCGUCCAUUGUCACCUCCUCCCCUUGUCCCAAUCCUUCAGAAUUUGCCGCCGCCGCCCCAAAUCUUAGAACUACAACCCCCGAGAUAUCCACCUCCCGGUUUUCCUGAUUCACCUCCUCCUCCUCCUCCUGGUUUUCCUGCUUCUCCUCCUCCUGGUUUUCCUGAUUCUCCUCCUCCUCCUGAACCCAUGUUCAAUUUCCUACCCAUCCCUGAAGGAAUCUUAGAAUUGUUCGGCCAGCUAGAAAACGAUGAAGAGUUACCAGUUAGAGCUCCAGUUAACCGCUGGGAAUCGAAAAUUCAAGUAGUGCCAUUUAACGAGGACACCAUGCCACCCAUGCUGAACUGUAAUGUCUGCCUUCUAAACGUGGUACAAUAUGUAAUGCCGGACUGUGGUCAUCUGUUUUGUUCCACAUGCUCAUCCAUUAUAUACAACACUGAGGCAGCUCGGUGUGCAAUAUCUCGAGCGUAACUAAACCGAUCACCUAUUCCUUUUUUUUUAAUUGAAAGUAAUUUGAUAUUUUUCAGGUUUUAUAAUAUUUUUCUAGUAUUAGUAGUAUUUCUAUUUUGCAGCAUUUUCUGUAUUCCUUUUCUAUACACCUUUAUUUUAA